CUUGUCUAAGGUACUGAAGUUUUAUUAUCAGCUGUGUGGGAGACAAUGAAAUAUUCCUGUUUUAUUUUGGUUCUCUUUGCAGGACUGGAAAUCCAGGUUUUAGAGGGAAUUCUGCCAAGGCAAAUUCGUCAACAUUAUACAGAUUCAGGAUGCCAUUUUGAUUCAGAUUGUCAUUUUCACCACUGUUUUUCCGGACGAGUGCCGUAUUGUUAUCAUGGAUUAUGUCAUUGUAUAGGAUGCCAUUCUGAUUCCGAUUGUCUUUCUCAUCACUGUGGUACAGGACGAACGACAUAUUGUCAUUAUGGACAAUGUCAUUGUAAAGAUUCGGAAUGUAACACAGAUUCAGAAUGUCAACAUCAUAGAUGUAGUGGCAAAGAGACGCCUUAUUGUUCAUCUGGAAUCUGCCAUUGCAUAGCAACUACUACCUCAUUUGCAAGAAGCACAACAACUCCAGUGCCACAAACAACAACACCAGCGACAACAACACAAACCACAAAUCUACGAACAACAACACCCGAACCAACUACUGUUAUUCCACUCUCAUCAACAACCUGUUUAUAUCACUCCGACUGUAACCGACACGUGUGCCAAACAGGUCACCACCCUUACUGCAAAUUUGGCCAGCAUUCAUCUGAGUGUCAGUGUACAGUUUGCACAGACGACAGUCACUGUUCAUGUCCUGUGGGACAAGUUGGGAAGUGUCAUUUCGACUUAUCUCUACUUAAAUAUAGCUGCACUUGUGAACAUCCAGCAGAACCAACUACUGUUACUCCACUCUCAUCAACAACCUGUUUAUAUCACUCCGACUGUAACCGACACGUGUGUCAAGCAGGUCACCACCCUUACUGCAAAUUUGGCCAGCAUUCAUCAGAGUGUCAGUGUACAGUUUGCACGGACGACAGUCACUGUUCAUGUCCUGUGGGACAAAUUGGGAAGUGUCAUUUCGACUUAUCUCUACUUAGAUAUAGCUGCACUUGUGAACAUCUAGCAGAAUCAACAGUAACAACACUACCACUCACUACUGCCCAUACGACAACUACAACAAUACCUGUCCAGCCAUCAUCGCAGCAUCAACCUGUUGUAUCCUCAACAACAGACUUACCAUCAACAUUUGAUCCUACAAAUCUGGUACAGCCCUCGGCAGCACAGCUUGAAACCAACACAACGCGACAAACCACGUUAGCAUCAACAAUGAUGCAGUGUCACGUAUGUGGAGACAAUGCUAACGGUAAAUCCUGCGACUUACGAUCCAUUUACACUGGUAAUCUCCAGCAGUGUGGUCAAGGUGAAGAUUUCUGUAUGACGGACUUGAUUCAUGAUGGACAGGCGUAUCCAAAAAUCUAUAAAAGAUGUGUAACGGAAGAGGAAUGCCGGAACAAGUGGCUCCACCAAACAUCUGACCUUGAACACUGUACAAACUAUGGCAACGUCCUUGUAGAAGGUUCCUUUAGCUGUCACUUCUGUUGUACAUCGGACGGAUGUAACUCGAAGCAGAUUCCUAGCAAAUCCACCCUAUACAUCAAAGUCUGAAUGAAAUUUUGAGAUUUGUAAUGUUAACGCGUGAGCGUUUUGAUUUUGGAAUAUGUAAAAACUUUUUGAAUUACGAAUAAAAAGAAUUUCG